CUCCUUCUCUCUCUCUUCUUCUCCUUCUCUCUCUCUUUCAUUCUGGGUCGAUAUUCUUUUCUGCAGAAUCUCCGAUUCUUUGCCCAAGAAACCUUAAAAUCUCCUCUGCCCUUCGACUCAGAUCCGAAGAUACCUCCGACCCUCCAUUGAUUUCCCCAGGAAUUUCCCUCCUUUCACCUUACAAUCUCCGAAACCCCACCUGCCCCAGAUUAUUCUUUUCCCACUCCAGAGUUUCCCCCUUUCUUCCCCCUCUGUUCCAAUUCCCUUCCUCUUCGUUUUGCCGGCGCAAUGUCGCAUCACGGACGCCUCCCCCUAGGGCUUUCUCCUCGUGCCGGUUGAUGGGUAUUUGUCAAGUUUGCUCCUUGACGAUUGUGGUUCGUGGGUGUCCGAUAUUGGAGUUGCCUGCAUAGAUUUGUUGGGUUCUGUUGGAAAUUCUUGAUAGAGAUUUUUCUUUUUUUUUUUUAGCUCUUGUAAAGCUCCUUUUUCGAGAGGUUUGGGGGGCAUUUUGAUUUUGGUGGUAAGUCGAUCGAUCUGCAAUCUUUUUUUGGGGAGAAAGAUCCCUCUUUCGGGUGAGGCAGAAUCUAAGUUUGGAUCUGGGACGAGCGUCUUGAGGAUUAUGUGCCUGGAUCGUCUCUGACCCGGGGGACGGAAUUUAUCGGAGUUGGGGAAAAAGUUGGUUAGUUUUGUUGUACUAUUCUCGUUUCUUGGAAGAUUGGAUCAUGGAUCAUGUGAUUGGUGGCAAAUUUAAGCUUGGCCGGAAGAUCGGUAGCGGAUCAUUCGGGGAACUAUAUUUGGGAAUCAAUGUGCAGAGCGGAGAGGAAGUGGCAAUAAAGUUGGAAUCUGUGAAGACUAAGCACCCUCAGCUUCACUAUGAGUCAAAAAUAUACAUGCUGCUUCAGGGAGGAACCGGUAUUCCCCAUCUGAAAUGGUUUGGAGUUGAGGGAGAGUACAAUGUAAUGGUUAUUGAUCUUCUUGGACCAAGUUUGGAGGACUUAUUCAACUAUUGUAAUCGAAAGUUUUCUUUGAAGACUGUUUUGAUGCUCGCGGAUCAAUUAAUAAAUAGAGUUGAGUAUAUGCACUCACGGGGUUUUCUCCAUCGUGAUAUAAAGCCUGACAACUUCUUGAUGGGUUUAGGGCGAAAAGCUAAUCAGGUGUACAUUAUUGACUAUGGUCUUGCUAAAAAAUACAGGGAUCUUCAAACACACAAGCACAUUCCAUACAGGGAAAACAAGAAUCUUACAGGAACAGCUCGCUAUGCUAGUGUCAACACUCAUCUUGGAGUUGAACAAAGUAGGAGAGAUGAUUUGGAAUCUCUUGGUUAUGUGCUUAUGUACUUUCUUCGAGGAAGCCUUCCAUGGCAAGGCCUGAAAGCAGGCACUAAAAAGCAGAAAUAUGACAAGAUUAGUGAAAAGAAGAUGCUCACUCCCAUUGAGGUUCUCUGCAGAUCAUAUCCAUCUGAAUUCACAUCAUACUUCCACUAUUGCCGUUCAUUGCGGUUUGAGGACAAACCAGAUUAUUCAUACCUGAAGAGGCUAUUCCGGGAUCUAUUUAUUCGUGAAGGUUAUCAAUUUGACUAUGUUUUUGAUUGGACCAUACUGAAAUACCCACAGAUUGGCUCCAGUUCUAGAGCACGGCCAAGCGGUAAACCUGCUCUAAAUCCAGGACCUUCUGCAGAGAGAGCAGAAAGGCCUUCUGUGGGACAAGAGAUUCGAGAGAGACUCUCAGGUGCUGUUGAGGCAUUUGCCAGGAGGAAUGGCUCCGGCCAUGGUUUGCAUGGUGAUCAUUCCAGGCACAGAUCUUCAGAUGAUGUGCCCUCAUCCAAGGAUGUGCAAGCUGAUUCUGAGAAAGGCCGCUCUUCUUCUCGCAAUGGAAGUACUUCAAAGAGAGCAGUAAUAUCAAGCAGCCGACCAAGCUCCUCUGGUGAGCCCAGCGAUGGUCGGUCAAGCCGGUUGGUAUCAAGCAGUGGACGCCUGUCCACCACCCAGAGGGUUCAACCCGGUUUCGAGUCCAAAUCGUCAUCCUUCACCCGUUCUGGGGCCACAAGGGGCAGCCGGGACGAUGCACUUCGGAGCUUCGAGCUUCUAUCUCUUGGCACUAACAAGAGAAAAUAAAUGAUGGAAUUCCGCCUGAUGGGGCUAGCGUGCAUUGCUGGUGCUCUAAUGUCUCUGUAGUGUAUGAACCCAGGAGGCUAUUAUGGGACGACAUGAUUACUUUGGUUGCAUAUGUAUAUCUCCGAUGCUGGGUUCUAUUCAGAAGCUGAAGAACCUAUUUGAAGUUCUUGAAGCAGUUUGGACUCACUUGUUCCAUCGGGAAUUGUUUCUGUCAAAAAGAAAACACAUUAUCUGGGGCAAGAAAGUUUGAGAAAAAUCUCACUUGAGGGAAUUGUUAAUAUGUUUGAGACCGUUUGUAGCUGUAAUAAGUACCUUUUUAAUUUCUGCUGAAGAACAUUUGUCAUAUCUAUAAGAUGCUAUAUCAAUGCCCCUCUUAAUGUAAUGGUGUCUUGUAUCCUGUUCUGCAUUUGGUGGAGGAUCUUUGUUGAA